AUGUCUCCAUACAGGAUUGUGUAUGGAAAAGCUUGCCAUUUACCCGUGGAGAUUGAGCAUAGGGGGUAUUGGGCGGUUAAAGCAUGCAAUCUUGAUAGUGAAACGGUUGGAGAGGAAAGGAAAUUGCAACUUCAAGAACUUGAAGAGAUUAGAUUGGAAGCUUAUGAGAACUCACGGAUUUAUAAAGAAAAGACCAAGAGAUUUCAUGACAAACAAAUUGAGGUGAAAGACUUCCAAAUUGGUGACAAAGUACUUCUAUAUCGAUCUCGUCUCAAAUUGAUUAAAGGUAAGUUGAGAUCUAGAUGGGAAGGACCUUAUUGUGUUACUAAUGUUUUCUUUUAUGGAGUGGUUGAGAUUCAGGAUAUGUCUACUGGCCGGGUUUUUAAAGUUAAUGGACAAAGUCUUAAAAAGUUUCACGAAGAAGUGAAGGGCUUGGUGGUGGAGGAAAUGGAACAUGUUGAUGCUAUCUACCCGAGCUAG